AUGGAGUGUAAGGCGUCAGUCAAUGGGUUCCGAAAAACACUGUCACAUGCAGUUGAUCACUGUGGCCCUACAGCGAAACGCAUUUCCUUAAAGGCGAUUUCUGAUGUUAAAGGACUUCCUUCAGCUUCACAAAUAUACCAAGACUCAUGCUUAAAGCUUCAGAGGGCAACAAAGGCAGUUUUUCUCAGCGAGCCUGUCGAAUCCACACUAGAGGAGCUUUACAGGAAUGUCGAAGAUAUAUGUGCACAAAAAAUGAUUAUGGAAUUGUACUCGAGCCUGAAGGCUAUAUUCAGUGAAUAUGUAGCUGGACUACAACCUGAGUUCUUAAAAUAUCCUUUUUUGUUGAUAAGUUCUUGCCAUUUCUCUUCUUUUGUCUUUUUACCUUGA